CUACCCUGAAAGGCACGGUGCAAACUUGCAAAAAUGACCGAGCAGAUGACCUUAAGGGGGACCCUUAAGGGUCACAGUGGUUGGGUGACCCAAAUUGCUACAACCCCUCAGUUUCCGGACAUGAUUCUCUCCGCGUCCAGAGAUAAGACUAUCAUCAUGUGGAAGCUGACCCGCGAUGAGACAAACUAUGGUGUCCCUCAGCGUGCCCUGCGUGGACACUCGCACUUUGUCAGUGAUGUGGUCAUCUCCUCGGACGGGCAAUUUGCGCUGUCCGGCUCGUGGGACGGCACACUCCGACUCUGGGACCUCACCACGGGAACCACAACCCGUCGUUUCGUGGGCCACACUAAGGAUGUGCUGAGCGUUGCCUUUUCUGCCGAUAACCGCCAGAUCGUGUCUGGCUCCCGGGACAAGACCAUCAAGCUGUGGAACACCCUGGGUGUCUGCAAAUACACCAUUCAGGAUGAGGGCCACACUGAGUGGGUGUCCUGUGUGCGGUUCUCCCCCAACAGCAGCAACCCCAUCAUUGUAUCCUGUGGCUGGGACAAGUUGGUCAAGGUUUGGAACCUGGCGAACUGCAAGUUGAAGACCAACCACAUCGGGCACACUGGCUUCCUGAACACAGUCACUGUCUCCCCUGAUGGGUCCCUUUGUGCUUCUGGUGGAAAGGAUGGGCAGGCCAUGCUGUGGGAUCUAAAUGAAGGGAAGCACCUGUACACUCUGGAUGGUGGUGACACCAUCAACGCCCUCUGCUUCAGCCCCAACCGCUACUGGCUCUGUGCAGCCACGGGACCCUCCAUCAAGAUCUGGGAUCUGGAGGGGAAGAUCAUCGUUGAUGAGCUGAGGCAGGAGGUGAUCAGCACCAGCAGCAAAGCCGAGCCACCUCAGUGCACUUCUCUGGCUUGGUCUGCUGACGGACAGACUCUGUUUGCUGGCUACACUGACAACCUCAUCAGAGUGUGGCAGGUUACCAUUGGAACCCGGUAGACAUCUUUAAUUCCAAGAACAAAAUGCUAAGAAUGGAGCUUGGAUGAAAAUAAAUAAAAUAAUAAAAAUCGAAA